AUGUUCUUUGUCGGUAUUGUUGUGUUCGUCGGUGGCUCGAAGAAGUACGUCAAGAAGCAGCCUCAGGGAACUGUGCUUGUCAAGGUCUGGCGCUGCAUGAAGUACGCCCGUGCCAACAAGCGCGAGGGUCAGGCUCACUGGCUUGAUGGUGCUCUCAACGCUGAGGGCCAGGAGUGGGAUGACGAUCUGCGCGCCUGCAAGGUGUUCCUGUUCUAUCCACUCUACUGGGCUCUGUACAACAACAUGAGCGACAACUUCAUCAACCAGGGUAUGACCAUGGAGCGCCCUGACUGGCUCUCGGUUGACCAGCUCAACGUUAUCAACAGCCUGGUGCUUGUUAUCUCGAUCCCCAUCUUCGAUAACUUCGUCUUCCCUAUGCUCCGCCGUUGCGGCCUUCGUCUCGGUCCCAUUGCUCGUAUCACCACUGGUUUCGUUAUUGUGGUCUGCGGCUUCAUCUACGUUACCGUCCUGCAGAAGAUCAUCUACACCAAGGGUCCUAACUUCGACUUCAGUGGUCCCGAUAUCAUGAACGACGGCGUCAACCACAUCAGCGUCUGGUACCAGAUUGUUCCGUAUGCUGCCGUGGCCAUCUCGGAGAUCUUCGCCUCGGUCACUGGUCUCGAGUUUGCCUUCAGCCAGGCUCCCUCUGAGCUCAAGUCCGUCCUCACCGCUGUUCUGUACCCAUUCCUUGGCGUCCUGGCUGUGGUCUUCUACUUCUGCUUCCGUCACUACGACGACAUUGUCGCCGAGCAGGAGCAGUUUCGCCAACUUCCUUCUACAGAAGCAUCACAUGAAAACACCUAAUUUCUCUGCUUCAUUGAGUUUUUGUACUUUUCUUAUUAUAACAUAAAGUUCUGGUAACGACAGCUU